UAAGAACGUGGCUUUCCCCCUGGUUGUCCCAUUGGAUCGGUGUGGAUCUGUUCUACAACCUUUGUCAGAAUUUGUGGAUGUUCAUCACCAGCUUUGGAAUACAACGGACUUUAGUUGUAAGAUGGAGGCUACUCAUGUGAUUUCUGCUUGUCUCCUAAAUCUUGCAGUUGCAUUUGGGGUCAUCAUAGCAGCAUGUAAUGCUGCCUGCCAUUUUGAAAAAUUGCAAAUUACAAGGGCAAAUGAAAUUCCCAAGGGUUGCUGGGAUGACGGUGAACUCCACCCUUUUGGCACAAAGUGGGAAUCAGAAGAAUGUGAAGAAUGUAUCUGUACCAGAAAAGGAAUGCAAUGUUGUGAUCACUUCAGAAUUGCAGUUGGAUACAAUCCUAAAAUGUGUAUAGCUUAUUUCUACAAAGAGACGUGCAGCUUUAAAGUCAUGAGGAAGGAUGACCAUGAGACACAUUGUUCCUACGAAACACUUGAACUGGAUAAUAGCAGCGCAGAUGAUCACAACAAAGAUAAGACCGACGAGAACAAAUCGGUUGCUGACCUUGAAUCUUGGGAGAAUUGGGAUGUUGAAGAUUAUGCCCAAUUCCUUGAAAUUAUUUCGGAUAGUGAAAGCAAGGAAGCAUCAAAAAGCUUGGAAAGCAGUAAAUAUUGAAAAAGACUAAAUACCAUGUCAAGUAUCACCACUUCAUUAAACCAAAAAUGAAUAUUUAGCACUACAAAUUUGUUAUUGUGAA